AUGAUGCAGCCUGAACAUUUGGCUUGGAUGGUCAAUCCUUCCAGCCUGGACGAGGAAGAAAAAAUUCUCGCUGUCCUCAAGAUACUUCGUGGAUUGUGCAUGACGGUCAUGGACCUCAUGCUGCACUCGAUCUCGCAAAGACCCUCCAUGGCAACUUGGAGGGAAGGUUUUUUUCGGAGCAAGGCACUUGUGCAAUUUCUUAAUGUGUUGGGCACUGACGAGCGAGCGAGCGAGCACCUCCAUGUCAGUUUACGACCCCUUGCUAUUGCAAUGGUUAUUGACGAGACGUCACCCCCACUACUCCUCUCAUUUAAUCUCGACACAUUGUUGACAGAACCAUUACAAGAAACCACUCCGUUGCUACGUCGCAUUCUUCUGUCCACUAUGCAGACGGUGCGAGCUGCCAAGGAGAACAAACAUCAGAGUGCCGAGACGCUCUGUACUGUGAUCAAGUCGCAGAUUGCAAACAUUCACUCCCAGAACAAUCUCGCUUUCCAGAUUAUCCAUGGAUUAUGCUUAUUCAGUGGUGGUUCAUCAUGCAAAACCAUUGACUUGCUCGCACACUGUGGACUUUCUCCUGCCUAUGACACGUUACACAAUGUUCACGCUAUCAUGGCCGAUGGUCAGAUUAAAUGGGCACAAUUAGUGGCUUGUGGACCACACAUGAUAGGCUGGGAUAAUAUCCAAGUCUCCACAUCUAUUCAUGUCGAACAGCGUCCCUUGGCUCCUCCCAAAGUCCAAUCGGGCACUACGGCUAUCAUAUAG